AUUGCGUGACUACUUGACAGUUCAAAUAAACUCGUGGAAACAUACUCACUCACAAAGUCACAAACAAGAAUAAGGAAUAAAGUCUUUUACAAAUUCUCUGCAUUUCUUUUGGUAUUAUAAAAAAAAUGUGCAUAAUCAUUCCGCGCGUUUGAAGUAAAAGAUUUUAUCCAUUUAAGCAAAACAAAAAUUUUUUUAAAUUAGUAAUCAAUUAUUUAAUUACUAAAUUUUUAAUAUAAUUAUUCUGCCGCCUUAAGGCUAAGCUUUUUCGCCAAAAAACAAAAUUUUACAGUAAAAAAGGAAAACAAAGUUCUUAAUCUGCAUGGUAUUAUUUUUUAAUUAUGGAAGGAUCUGUAAAUGCUGAUUAUAUUUUGGCCUUACGCCUUCAACAACAAUUAGAAAUGGAGGAAAAUUCUACACCAAUACCGUGCAUUUCUGAGAAGGAAAAAUAUAAUAAUAAAAAUAAUAAAAAUAAAGAAAAUUUAAUUGAUCCGUCAUGGGAGCUAAUAGACCCUACUCCAAAUAUUUUUACGUUAUUUAUUCAAUUUGAUAAAAGGUUUUUUUAUAACAAAUUAAAUGCUGUAAUUGUAAAAUGGAGUAAAAGAAUGACUACAUGUGCUGGUAUAUGUAGCUAUGAAGGACGUGGAGGCGCGUGCACAGUUAGUUUAAGCGAACCUUUAUUAAAAUUAAGACCCAGAAAAGAUUUAAUUGAAACUUUGUUGCAUGAAAUGAUCCACGCUUAUUUAUUUGUGACUCAUAAUAACCGAGAUAGAGAUGGCCAUGGACCCGAAUUUCAUAAACAUAUGUAUCGCAUUAACAACGAAGCUGGAACCAAUAUUACUGUUUAUCAUAAUUUUCAUGAUGAAGUGCGGCUUUAUAAAACCCACUGGUGGCGUUGUAAUGGUCCUUGUCAAAAUCAACGACCAUUUUAUGGGAUGGUAAAACGAGCUUCAAAUCGAGCUCCAGGUCCAAAUGAUCGUUGGUGGGCACAACAUCAAAGUAUUUGCAAUGGCACUUUCAUAAAAAUAAGAGAACCUGAUAAAAAAUCGAAAAAAACAGGUGAAUUGGCAACAAAAUCUGUACCAAUAACUGAUAUACGAAAAUAUUUACAUGAUUCAAAUUCAAACAAAGUUCCAGUCAAAUCGAAUGUAAAUAAAAUACAUACAAUGGGAGAUUUAUCCAUACCAAACAAAAAUAUGAUUAAAAAAACUAAUUCGAAUCAAAAUAAAUCAAAACCACCUCAAACUGCACAAAUACAAACUUUUAAAGAUCUGGAUAAUAAAUCAAAAACGGGUGGAAGUGCUGUGAUGAAUAAAGGCAGUGGUACUAUCGUUGUACGGGGUACAAAAACUGAUGGAAAAGAUAAAACUGAUUCUAAUCCAUUACGAAUUAAUAAUUUUAAGCCAUUUUCUGGAAGUGGUUAUAGCUUACAUUCAAGUGAUGAUGAAGUGUUUAAUAAGGCUGUAAAAACUAAGGAUAGUAGGAAUGAAAAUCAACAAGCUACUGUUCGUAACGUUUGGGCAAAUAAAUAUCCCGCUAGUGGAGGUUCUAAACGACAUAUCUCAGAACCUGCACCCAGUAGCUCAAAGAAAUUAAAAAAAGUUGAUGAUGUUAACAUGGAUGAAAUAUAUGAUUAUAGCAGCGAUAAUGAAUUGUUUCAAGCGACAAAAAUUCUGGAAAAUGAAGUCAAGGAUCCAUAUAAAAACGUUCGUGAUUUUUGGGCAAAUAAAUAUCCUGACACAAAUAAAAAACAAAAUUCAAGUCAAGAUAGUAUCGAGUCAAUUACAAGUCAAUCAAGCGAUGUGAUUGAAAUAAAUAAAAAAGAGAUACCUGUUAUUGAUUUAUGCGGAGACGAAGAUACAGUUUGUCCAAUUUGUAGCAAAUCAUUUAAAGCAUCUGAAAUUAAUGACCAUAUUGAUUUAUGCUUAGAAUCUAGUUUUAAUAAUGAUUUUGAAGAUCUUGAAGAUGUAGAAACGAUUAAUAAAUCGCCAAAAAAACAAAUUAACUGUUUAGUUUGUAAUAAAUCGGUUAGUGGAACAGAAUUAAAUGCCCACUUAGAAACUUGUAUGACGGAUGUUUUUGAGGAUGAAAUGAUUGCUCCUGAACCUGUUGUCAUAAGUGAAUUCGACAGUGAAAUAAUUAUUCCUACUCAAAGUGGAUCAAGACUUAUAGAAAGCGAUGAUGAUAAACUGGUUCGCUGUCCUUGUUGCCCACGAGUAUUUAAAGAAUCUGAAAUUAAUGCGCAUUUGGAUGUUUGUGCUGCACUUUAGAUAACGUAUUUUUAUAUUUAGUGAAAUUAUUUAUUCAUUU